AUGGGUCGCAAGAAAAUUCAGAUCACUCGGAUACAGGAUGAGAGAAAUCGACAGGUACGCGCCAUUUCACAUUUUCCAUCGGAAUUCGAAGGAAAAUAGCGAGAAAACUAUGAAUUUUUGGCUGAAAAACAGACCUUUUUCGAAGAAAAACGAAGCAAUUCGAAUCGAUAUUGCUGUUCUUGUCUCUUUGGUCCGUUUGCAUGAAAAUGAUGCACUCGCGAAAAGCAUAAAGUUAUGUGAGAAUGAAUCUAUGCAUCGUUUUCUGACCACACGCCAUUUGUGUGUGUGUGUGUGUGUGUGGGAACUUUCCGAAAAUAGAAAACAGACUUUCAACGGCCCGGCAGGUUCUAAAAUUACUAGAAGUUUCCAAAAAGUUGAAAGUAAGCGAAACGUUUGGCGGAGCGAUAGAUCACAGAGUUGAGCGGAAUUCCGCCUUCCGCCUUCCGCUUUCUCACAAAACCUGUUCCGCUCAACUCGGAACCCGAGAGCCGCAAGUUUUCGCAAGUUUACCGCACGCGUCUUUCCCUUUUUUCGCUCAAAAUUGGCAAUCUUUUUCAAUAUCUGCUCCGUCCGUUCGUUCGGCGAUCUCUUGAACUCUCGCUCUCUCGUAGGCCGCUCGCUGUGAGACGGUGACGUGGCAUUGAUGGAUUACUGUACUUUCUUGUGAUCACCACCAUCAAUUCGUUACCACGUGAGAAUCACGCGAAAUGAAGAUGGAUCGUCGAUUUGCCACAAUUUGACACCCCCCCUUUUUCGGUGAAAUAUUUCCCUUUUUUCGGGGCGAAAAACAAAAAUACAAAUGUAGCAUUUAUAGGGGGAGCAAGUACAGUAAUCCUCGAAAAUUUCUGGAAAAUGAGUGAAGCGAAGGGAAAAACUUCCCGGUUUUAGUGAGAUUUAUUGAGGUGCUCAUCUUGGAUUUAUCCGAGAAUUCCCAUAUUUUUGCCACGUAGGCCAGUGCCUAUUUCUGAUCGGAAACGGCAAAAAGUGCAUUGUUGUGCGAGCGAGCCGACAACAUCGUCAUUUUGUUUUGUUUUCGUCUGGAAACAUAUCAAAAAUCCAAUUUCCGUUCGUUUUCGCCCCCGAUGGGAAAUAGGACGAGUGCGUGGGCGGAUUUAUGUUUUGGGCUCUGAAUGAAUUUGAAAAAAUAGACACAGGGGGACUGGGAAUGUCGCGAAAAGUUCCUAUAAUUUCCCAUUGUUCACUCCAUCGUUUUCGUUGACCUUUCGCAACUCAAAAGUACUUCCGAGUCCCGACAAAAAGGGAAAAAAAUCUUUUUUUGUGUGUGUGUGUGUCUCCUCGAAAGAAACAUUUCCUUUUCCGGCGUUUUGCCUCCUUCUCUGAAAGAAAGUGCUCCGCGAGCACACUGCCCCCGCUUCUUCUUCUUCUUCUUCUUCUUCUACUCUCUCGCUCUCUUCAUGAUGACGUCUUCUGGGCGCCACGGCUCUUUCUCGCAAUGACGACAUCAGAGGCGGUUAGAGAAAAGCGAGAAAGUGCGGGAAAAUGAGAGAGAGCAGACGUGGCAUCCACAACAACUUCUUCUUCUUCUUCUCUCUCUUUUUCUCGCUGAUGCUAUUCGAGCGAGAAGGGGAAAAACCAAAAAAAGGCGCGGAGUGGGGGGGGGGACUAUUUUUAGAAUCGAUAUUGACAAAAAUAGAAAUGGAACGGGAAACGAAAGAGAAAAAGAAUGAAAGUGGCUGGAAUCUUAAACGGACAUCAAGAAAAUAUAAAGGAAUGGAGGAAUGCGUGGGCGGGAAUCCCACGAAAACAAUCGAUGACGUGGCUUGAACGAGUAUUGUCUAGCUAGGAAAUGUGCUUUGGUCUUGAAAAUGUUUAUGCGAACUAUUCAUGUCUAGUGCUUUACUUUUGUAGUUGAUAACUUUUUACUCGAGCGCUUAGAAGUUACGGCCCUUGAAAGGCAUGAGAACUUCCCACAGCCAAAGUACUAUUAGAAGUGGGGGAAACAGUACUAGACGUCAAGAUUCCACGCAAUCGUUGUCAGGGCCGAAGAACAUGUACUGAAUGUACAAUACUCGUUCAAAAUUGAUGAAAUUCUAUAAAGUCUCACUUAUAAUUUUGCAGGUGACAUUCACCAAGCGAAAGUUCGGUCUGAUGAAGAAGGCGUACGAACUGUCGGUGCUCUGUGAUUGUGAAAUUGCGCUCAUCGUCUUCAACUCGACGAACAAGCUCUUCCAGUCAGUUCCCAAUCACCUCUCGAAUAUUCUCGCAACUCUUCUUCAGAUACGCCUCCACAGACAUGGACAAGGUGCUUCUCAAGUACACCGAGUACAACGAACCGCACGAAUCGCGCACGAACAACGACAUAAUGGAGGCGUUGAAUCGGAAGGAGGGCAAUCACGGCGGCGGCAAUUCGGACGACGAGAGUCCCGGACCGUCGACGUCUCCGGCCCUCCAGAUGCCGGUCACGACGGCGAACGGCCACGUUCCCUCGAGUUCCUCCGCCAGUUCGGCCGCUGCGGUCGCUGCUGCCGCCGCCGCCGUAGCCGCCUGUGAACAGCAGGCCUCCACGUCGUCUUCUUCCUCUUCCGCGUCUUCGCAGGGCGCCGCCGCCGCCGCAGCCGCCCUCCAGGCCUCCAAUGUCCAACGCCAUCACAACCUGAACCUCUACCAGAACCUGAUAUUCAACCCUAACUAUGCCAGACACUUGCCGCCCAGGUAAUCGCUUUUUACUAAAAAUUCUGACUAGAAAUUACUAGAAAUGUUUAAUUAAAAAAGAGCAAUUGCAGACCGGAUCCCCUUUCCUCGUCCGCAUCGGUCUCCGCAGUAUCCUCGAAGCACCUCGACUUCCCUCCCUCCACGUCCUUCGCCUACGACUCGUCGUCCCUCCAUCCGAUCGCCGCCGCCGACGCAGACUGCGAUCUGGUCCCGUCGAGUCGGACCGUCGACCAGAACCUGUGGACCGCCGCCCUCCAGCAGAGACCCGUCUCUCAACCCGCGCCUAGUGGUUAGUACUCUUUUUCUAGAAACUGAAUAUCGUUCAAAAAUAUGCACCUAACUGCCCACACAUCAAGUUCACCCAAACAAGUAGUUUCGUUAUUAUAAUUCUUCGAAAAGUUCAAGUGGUUCGUUUCCAUAUUUACCCACUUUUGCGCCCGUUUUAAACGUCGGUCGCCAAGGACGAUUCUAUUAUUAAUUUACACUUUUUCUCCUAAAAAAACUUCAAGGGACUUUUUAAAGACUGUGCCGACAAAUCAAGUACUUUCGGGGCUACCGUACCCCUCGACUUGCUCCAAAUAAUCCCAAAAUGUUUCCAGUGUCAAAUGGGCUCACGAAUGGCGUCUCCAAUCUGCUGUCUCCCAAUAUUUCGGCCCUGAACGGCGGUCAUUCGGUUCUGGACCUCGGGGGACCGAUUCCGCCGUACAAGUUGGACCCGAACGCCUACGUGAAAGUGGAACCACACUCGCCGCCCGAAAAACGACCGCGCAUCACGACGGAAUGGCGGCCGCAGCAGCUCACUUGA